AUGGACGACAUUUUCACCCAGUGCCGGGAAGGCAACGCGGUUGCGGUGCGCCUGUGGCUGGACAACACCGAGAACGACCUCAACCAGGGGGAUGAUCAUGGCUUUUCCCCUUUGCACUGGGCUUGCCGAGAGGGCCGCUCUGCUGUGGUUGAGAUGCUGAUCAUGCGGGGAGCACGGAUCAACGUAAUGAAUCGAGGGGAUGACACUCCCUUGCAUCUGGCAGCCAGUCAUGGACACCGUGAUAUUGUACAGAAGCUAUUGCAGUACAAGGCUGACAUCAAUGCGGUGAAUGAGCAUGGGAAUGUACCCCUGCACUAUGCCUGCUUUUGGGGCCAAGACCAGGUGGCAGAGGACCUGGUAGCUAACGGCGCGCUUGUCAGCAUCUGUAACAAGUAUGGAGAGAUGCCUGUGGACAAAGCUAAGGCACCCCUGAGAGAGCUUCUCCGAGAGCGGGCUGAGAAGAUGGGUCAGAAUCUCAACCGAAUUCCAUAUAAGGACACAUUCUGGAAGGGGACCACUCGCACUCGGCCCCGAAAUGGGACCCUGAAUAAACACUCCGGCAUUGACUUCAAACAGCUCAACUUCUUGGCAAAGCUCAAUGAGAAUCACUCUGGAGAGCUAUGGAAGGGUCGCUGGCAGGGCAAUGACAUUGUUGUGAAGAUGCUAAAAGUUCGAGAUUGGAGUACAAGAAAGAGCAGGGACUUCAAUGAAGAAUGUCCUCGGCUCAGGAUCUUCUCACAUCCAAAUGUGCUCCCAGUGCUGGGAGCCUGUCAGUCUCCUCCUGCUCCUAAUCCUACCCUUAUCACACACUGGAUGCCAUAUGGUUCUCUCUACAAUGUACUACAUGAAGGCACCAACUUUGUUGUGGACCAGAGCCAGGCUGUGAAGUUUGCAUUGGACAUGGCAAGAGGCAUGGCCUUCCUACACACAUUAGAACCCCUCAUCCCACGACAUGCACUCAAUAGCCGUAGUGUAAUGAUUGAUGAGGACAUGACUGCCCGAAUAAGCAUGGCUGAUGUCAAAUUCUCCUUCCAGUGCCCUGGGCGCAUGUAUGCACCUGCCUGGGUGGCCCCUGAAGCUCUUCAAAAGAAGCCUGAAGACACAAACAGACGCUCAGCAGACAUGUGGAGUUUUGCAGUGCUUCUGUGGGAACUGGUGACACGAGAGGUACCCUUUGCCGACCUCUCCAACAUGGAGAUUGGCAUGAAGGUGGCACUAGAAGGCCUUCGGCCUACCAUCCCACCAGGCAUUUCCCCCCAUGUGUGUAAGCUUAUGAAGAUAUGCAUGAAUGAAGACCCUGCCAAAAGGCCCAAAUUUGACAUGAUUGUGCCUAUCCUGGAGAAGAUGCAAGACAAGUAGGGCAGGAAAGUCCUUGCCUAAACUCCAGAGGUCUCAGGACACCGUGCACAUUCCCAAAGCAGCAGGCCUCUGGUUGCCUCCCCUGCCUCUAGUCACGGUACUGCCCCAGCCAGAGGACCCAUCCCUUACCCCCAGCCCUACCACUGUGGCCCCAAAAGGGGCUGGACUCAAAGCUUUGCGACUUGUCACACGGUGUCUCCCAGCAUGGGAGGGAUCAGCCCCGCCUGGAGGGAUCAGCCCCGCCUGUCACAAUAAAGUUUAUUAUGAAAA